ACCGCAUUCGUCCCAAUUCAUACUUAUCCUUUGCCAAAAACAUUGCCACUGACAUUGCUUUAGGAUCUUUCUUUUCACCGUAAAAAUACAUUGGCAUAACGAUUUAAGGACUUUAAAAUAAGAUUAAACUGUAAAACACCAUUGUCGCAAAGGGUAGUUUGAUCCGAUUUUGUUUGGGACAAUUGACUUGGAUAUACAGCGUUACAUUCGUGUAGGAUACUUCAGGGACGGAACGCGUAAAUUGCUGGAUUAAAGUUUGUUAGUUUUAUACUGUAUCAGAAACUAGAAAUUUGUUGGGGACUUUUUUUUUAUUUUCCUUUCCUUGCACCUUUGAAUUGAGUUUCUCUAGGCUAUUAACGUUGGUUUUGGUCCUAUAGACUAUUUUUAGAUUUCCCUUUUGUUUAUUCUUUAUUUUUAAACCCCGUUUCCCCUGCUAUUUAAUUUAACUAAUAAUCGUUCUUAAUUUUUUUGAAAGACAAACUGCUAAACGUUUUUGUGGUUUCCUUUUUUUAUUAUAAUCUAUUUUUUUGAUUUAAUUUUACUUUUUCCUCUUUUUUUUCUAAAAAAAAUUCCACUUACGACUAAAUCUUUUUAUUUUGGUUGUCUUUCUCUUGACUUGUGAACUUUGCUAUGGCUACUGUACAACCUUCAAACAUGCACUCUGCUUCGGCUGCACGUUUCCAAAUUUGCUCUGGUUCUUCUCCCUAUACGAAUCGCGUCCGACCUUCUUACGAGCUAAUUGAAGCUCCUACUCGUCAAGCCACAUCUGCCGUUCAGUCUGAUGUUCCUACUGUACACUCUAAUUUUGAUGCUAAUUCCGUGUCUGAACAACCUACGCUCCCUUUGAAACAACCUACUAAUAAUCCUCUACCCACAUCUCCGGCCGUGAGUACUCGUGCUUCAACUCCAGCCUCUCGUCAAUCAAAACAGGACCAAUCCGACACCAAUAGUGCUUCCACUAACCUUCCUCGCCAUCGUUCUACACAUCUUACAAAAUCCGUUUUGCAAAACUCAAAUGUGCAUUCAUUAUCUACUCCCGUUGCUCCUCCGUGUUAUUCUGCUACCCCUCCCUCUAGCAAUAGCUCUGCUGGAGAAACUGCUUUACCAAAAGAUCAUUGGAAACCAGAUGCUGAAGCAAUUGUCUGUGCUUUUCCUUCGUGCAGUGCCCGCUUUGGUCUCUUUGAAAGGAGACAUCAUUGUCGUUGUUGCGGUGAUGUGUUUUGCUCUGCUCAUUGUAACCGCUCGGUUCCAUUAACUUUUGAUGUUCGUUUUUCGUUAUCUGCCUCAAAGCUUUUUAGAGCUUGUGUGUCUUGUUUCUACGAUUACUUAAAAUGGAGACAAUCUAUUGAGUUGGGUUCUCCCUCGAAUGUCAUCGUAGGAACUGAACCGCACGCUCAAUCUGAAACCGUCCUAAAAAACAAACAAAUAUCUAACUCGGUUCCCAUUCCUAAAGUUGAUGCCGGAAAAACCGAGCUUCCUUCAGAGAGCUUGGUAUUGGGAACUGUUCCCGAUAACUGGGUUUGGAGUACCUUUUAAUUCAUAAUGUGAGUAUUAUUUUCGUCCUUAAUGUUCGUUUUGCCUUUGUAUGCGGAGUUUUAUGCCUUAAUGCUCGCUUGAACGGUGCUUUUGUUUCGCUAAAUCCUGGUUUUUAAUACAUCGGAUGAUGUGACUAAGUGAGCGUUGUAUUUCAUACCCCUUUUGAAUUGCUUCGUUGUUUUCUAUUGAUAAAUUCAUUGUUUAUGUUGCGAGGCGGAACUCGCUUUUAAAUCCUGAAGUUUUUUUUCUGCUUGUUAGCCUUACUCUUUUUUCGUGUCUGUUUUGUUAGAUACGUUUAUCGGCUUCAGUUGUGAUACCUUAAAAGAAUGGCAUGAUAAUUCUUUGCAAUCUCGUUUAAUCAUUGCAGAUUCUGCUCUAUCUUUGCUGUUUUGUAGAUUACCCCCUUUUUGUUUGUUAGUUUCCUUUUUUUUUUUGAAUAUUCUUUAGAUGAUCUUACGAAUAAAUAUAGCUUAUUGUGACAAUUUUUGAAAACGUAUAGUUAUGAUAAAAUUUUAUUUUUGUA